CAGAGAGGUCACAAUAUUCAACUGUCCAAAGCUCUUUCUUACAUUCUUCGACAUGGUGCAUCAAAAGAGGGGCUGCAAAUGUCUGAAGGUAAAUGUUACUAGAAUUGUAUUAUUACGGCUAUAAUACAUGUUUGAGAUUUUUCAGGUAGUAUUAACAUGUAGGUGAUUUUAAGUUUUACCACAUACUAAGUAACAAUCUUAUUGAAUGAAGGGGAUAAGUUUCUAAAGAAACUUUGAUAGUGCAUUGGUGGAAAAGUAUAACAGGGUAAUUUAGUGUUAUCAACUGAGUUGAUGAUGUAAAUAUUGGCCACCAUAGCUUUUAAACUCUUCACUGUUGCCAAUUGAUGUUAUCAAUUCAAUUGAUAAUACUGAAUUACCCUGUUAAGAAUUUUAUAUGUUCCCUUUUACUGAUAAAAAGAGAGGCCUAACGUAACUGCAGGCAGUAAAUCUACUUGUGAAUAAAGUUCCCCUGUGAAUGAAAAGGAUCAAAAGCCUGAUUGGUCAAGCCAUGUUGGUUCACUUUGCUGCUGCAAUGUUUAUCCUGGUACUGAGUGAUCCAAGCCCUAAACAGAACUGGCUAACUUUGUCAAAAUCAUACACUGAUGGCAAUCAAGGGAGCCAUCCCCACUUACUAGUAAGCAGUUGAGAUCCUGCAAUUGUGUAAGUCUCAGAGUCAUGGCCUGCUCUCCAAGCAUUUGAUUCAUGACAAGCCAACUUGGAAGUACCAAUUAAGCCCAGGGUAGAUGGAUAUGGCCUCUGGAACAACAUCAAAAUCUGAAUUCAUGCACUCAAUUGAAGACCUGCAAGACUUAAAUUAAUGUAAAAAAGUUCCACAUUGAAUUUAAAAGAAAAUUAAUCCCAUCAAGUAGUAUUAACACUUUCACUCCCAAGAUUCAAAAUAUCAUAUAUAUCGUAUCACCAUCUGUCACACACAUCUUGUAUCUGAGAAUUUGAUGUCGUAAGUCUAGCAGUUCAUUAUAUGUAAACAGUAAUUUUCCUUUUCUUCCAUCACCCAUCUGUUUUAAAAUGUAUUGAGAUUCUUGAGAGAAAUUAAUUAUUAUUUUUUUUUUGGUCAGGCAAAGAAUGGUUUACUCAACGAUUAUAGAAUAUAUUUGUUAGUAUUAAUUUGAUAUUUAUGCCCACAGGAUUUGUUUUUGUUGAUGAGCUGUUAAAAUUACGACAGUUUAAAAGAUAUUCUGAGAAUGAAAUCAGAAAAGUUGUUGAUGAGAAUGACAAGAAGAGGUUUGCCCUGAGACUUGAUCCAGUGACAAACAGGCUGCAAAUCAGAGCAAAUCAAGGACACACCAUCGAGGUUAGCAUUUCUGCAUUGAAAGAGAUUAGGAAUGUUGACUUUCAGAAAAGAAAUCUCUUUAGACAAUCAUGAUGCAAGAUUUCAGUUUUAUGUUAUAUUAUUAGGGCUUACAAUAUGACAAUUCAAUAUCAAACAGCCAAGUAAUGAGAAUAGCUAUAAAUGUUUACUAAUAAUUUAAAAUUUAUGAUAAUAACUUGUGAAUGAAUAAUUGUUCAGCCCAAUAUACAUAUGAAAAAAUAUGAUCUAAACAUUCGAUGACUAAUGAAGUGGGCCUUGGAUCCAGCAUGCACAACUUUUUCACUGACUUCUGGAUUAAAGUGCAUAUGGACAAAACAACUCCAGCCUUUACUCAAAUUGGCCAAUGAAACUAAGGGAUUAUUAUUUUAUCCAACACUAAAUUCUCAGAAAAAGAUUAAUGAGAAAUGUGUUAUGAGAUGUAUCUUCAUUAAGAUAUCAGGAGUGAAAGAGUUAAUUGUUGGUUGAUUUUUUUUUUUUUUUGGCAUUUUAGGUUGAUGACCUUGAACUUAAUCCCAUCACAGAUCCCUCCGAUGCACCAGUUGUUUUGCAUGGCACCUAUCGUGAGUGUUGGGAGCUAAUAAAAGCUCAGGUGGGUGUUUUUACUUUUUUCACUGAUUUUUUUUUGCUUUCCUUUUUCAUCAACCUCAUCUAGCUCAGUUGGUACUUGCAAAAAACACAUUUUUUUGUCUUAUCAGGGUUUGUCAAGAAUGAGCAGAAAUCACAUCCAUUUUGCACCAGGAGAACCAGGGGAAGAAGGAGUCAUCAGUGGUUAGUAAAUUAAAGUUUAUAAAUACUGUAAAUGCUGUGCCUCUCUAGGUUAAAGAUUUAUUUUGCUACUGACUCUGUGCAAUACAUUUCUGUAUUUAAAGAAUGGAAUACAUACCUGUAUUCUGAGGAAGGGCCAGUGCUUGAAAUGUCAGCUUUUAAACUCUUUACAGUGGCCAAUUUAUGUAAUCAACUCAGUUGGUAACACUAAAUUACCCUGUUAUAUUCUCCCACCAAUGCGGCACCAUGGUUUCUUCCGAAACUUACCCCUCUUCAUUCAUUCAUUUUUUUUUUUUUUUUUUUUUUUUUUUCAAAGAAGGGUAAUUUAGUGUAAACAUUUGAGUUGAUAACCUAAAUUAGCCUCUGUGAAGAGUUAAUAAACUCAGGUCUUGAGCAUUAGCCCUUAAUAGGAAGGGCUAAUGUCAGAAACGUCAGCUCACAAACUCUUUACUGUGGCUAAUUUACCAUAUCAACUCAGUUGAUAACACUUAAUUACCCUGUUAUACCCUUGCACCAACGCAGCACCACAAUUUCUUUCAAAACUUACCCUCUCUAAGUAUGUAUUUGAAAUACUUAACAAAUGUUACUAAUAAAAUCAUCAAUGAUGGCUCCAUUGUAAGGUUCAAAGACAACCCUUUCAACAACUUACAUUAACACUGUGCCUUUUGGUUUACAUGUAUUGUGCACUUCUGGUUGAGAAGGUUGAUUAAGAGUCCACAACUCCUGUUUAAAUCAAUUUUUUUACAUAAUCUCUAUUUUUUGGAAGAAGUAAUGACACUUUUGAAGCCAGUCAGUCUCCUCAGUAAAAGUGGCUUUACAAAGAGCUAAUCAGGAGUGUAACAUCAUAAGCUUAGGGAAAAUUACUUAGAGUACAAGUGGAGAAAAAAAAACACCAACAACAACAAUAACAACAACAAAUAACCAAUCAAAGCAAACAAAGCAGAAAAAGGGAGAGAUGGGUGACUGUCCCCAUAAUUUUUUGGCAUAACAUGUGAAUAAACUGACCAUUUCUAAUCUUAACAUGUGUCUGUGAGUCAGUCAGUUAUUGUCAUUGUUUUCUUUUACUAAAUUUAAUUUGUUAUCCUUUAGGAAUGCGUUCAAGUUGUGAGAUCCUGGUGUUUAUUGACCUCAGAAAGGCACUGAGUGGUACAGUGACUGAUAAUAAGUUUGGAUCAAUAUCAGUAUCUGGGCAACGGCCCACCUACCCCUCCCCUAACCCAACAACAGUCAAUUGAUAACAAGUUAGGGGGAAUGUUGGGUUAGGGGAGGGGUAGGUGGGCCGUUGCCCAGAUACUGAUAUUGAUCCAUAAGUUUUAUAAUAUGUGGUUGACUUGUGAUUUAUUUGUCCCAGUUUUGUUUAAUAUUGUAGUUUUCCUGUUUUUGUUUUGCUUUUGGAUUCUUUUUAUUUUAUUUUACUGAUCAAAGUGUUAUUACUUGAAUCCUUCACACUGGUCCCAUAUUAUUAUACACUCUAGUUAAGGCCUAGCUCACCAUAGAGUCUUUAUGGCUCAGUGGUAGAGUGUUGGAGCACAGAAUUCAAAGGUCCGAGGUUUGAUUCCUCAUAGAAACUCAGAAUCUUUUCUGCUUCCAACUGGACACAAAAAAAUAUUUCUCUACAUAAAGCAAUGUUGGUAAAAACUUAAACAAUUAGGCAACAAAGUAUAGUGUUCUUGAAUUACAGUUUUUUUAGCCACUGAAGUAUUAAUUAGUACAUUUUUUUUCAUUCAGAUGGCUUCAAAUUUUACCGAUCAGCAAACAAUGUGAUUCUGUGUCCCGGGAAUGAACAAGGAUUUCUUCCACCUCAAUACUUUGAAAAAGUUAUGCAGACUAAACCCAGUAAGUAUUUCAUUUUAAUUUCUUUCACAAUAGAACAGUCUACAUCUUAG